GACCAGAAGCAGUACGAGUAAUUCAUUCAUUCGCCAUGAAAGUGUUCGUUGUAUUGGCUCUGGCUUUGGCCACAGUAUCCGCUGGCACCGUUGUGCCCAAGCAGGUCCAUCCCAAGGAUGUGCCCGCCGACAACAAGAUCAAUGGUCGCAUUGUCAACGGCUACCCAACCUACGAGGGCAAGGCACCCUACACCGUCGGUCUGUACUUCCAUAACGGAUGGUGGUGCGGUGGUUCCAUCAUUGCCAACGAUUGGGUUCUGACUGCUGCCCAUUGCACAAACGGCGCUAGCGCUGUGACCAUCUUCUACGGUGCCACCUGGAAGGAGAAUGCCCAAUUCACCCACACUGUCGGCAGCGGCGACUUCAUCCAGAACUCGAACUGGCCCAAUGAGAAUGGCAAUGAUAUCGCCCUGAUCCGUACCCCCCAUGUCGACUUCUGGUCGAAUGUUAACAAGGUUGAGCUGCCCAGCUUCAACGAUCGCUACAACAUGUACGACAACGCUUGGGCUGUUGCCUGCGGCUGGGGCUUGACCACCUCUGGAAACCAACCCGACUGGAUGGAAUGUGUUGAUCUGCAGAUCAUUAGCAACGCCCAGUGCUCUCAGACCUAUGGCUCUCAACCCGAGGGUAUUCUGUGCGUCUCCACCGAAGGCGGCAAGUCCACCUGCUCUGGUGACUCUGGCGGCCCAUUGGUUCUCCACGACGGCGGCAGAUUGGUUGGUGUCACUUCCUGGGUUUCUGGUGCCGGUUGCACUGCUGGUCUUCCAUCUGGUUUCACUCGUGUCACCGCUCAAUUGGAAUGGAUCCGCGAUCACUCUGGUGUUGCUUACUAUUAAAUCAUUUCUUCCGCGAAGGAAAUAAAUUGCAUAUAACUAAAAAAAAAA